GUGUGAGUGUGUGUGUGAGUGUGUGAUUGUGUGUGUGUAGAGGGAGGAGUCACACACAUGAACAAUCGCUCGUGGGAGAGUCUCUCAGGCUGCUUGGCAACACACAGAGUCCAAAGUGAGGCACAUUCACAAGAAUCAGGAGAAUUUGACGAGACACUUGAACAUCCUGAGAUGAAUUCAGCCAGUCAUCACAAACCACUCUGAAGCUUCAGGAUUCGGCAUUUAUAAAUAGAGUUUAUUCAUCAUAUGAGUUCAGAUGGGACAUUGGGAUGAUCAGGUGCAGAACACAGAACAUGCAACAUUUAUAACAAAGAAGAUGGACACAAGAUGACGGAUUGUACUCUUAAAUACACAUGAAUGAGGAAAGAUUUCUAUAAUCAAUCACAACUCUUGAAUUAUUGUGAAUCUUUUAUUUGGAUGAAAAUGAGUUGUUUCUGUUCGGUUCAAGAGGAGUUUUACUGUGAGGUUCUGUUUCUGGAUGAGUCCAAGUUGACUUUAACCACUCAACAACAGGGAAUAAAGAGAUCAACCAGAGGUUCAGUCGUUCUGGACUGUGUGUUCGGUCACGUGAAUCUCUCUGAAACCGAAUAUUUCGGACUUCGCUAUUGUGACCGCAGUCAUCAAACGUAUUGGCUAGACCCCGCAAAAACGCUUGCAGAACAUAAAGAUUUGAUAACAACGGGACCUCCGUAUACUCUCUAUUUUGGGGUGAAAUUUUAUGCUGAAGAUCCCUGUAAACUGAAAGAGGAAAUUACAAGGUAUCAGUUCUUUCUGCAGGUGAAGCAGGAUGUUCUUCAGGGUCGACUUCCGUGUGCAUUUAAUAUCAGUGCCCAGCUGGCAGCUCUUGCCAUUCAAUCUGAGCUCGGAGAUUAUGACCCGUACAAACAUACGCCAGGUUACGUGUCAGAAUAUCGCUUUGUAGCCGAUCAGAAAGAAGAACUGGAGGAUGCCAUCGAACAGAUUCAUAAAACUCUCAUGGGUCAGGUGCCCGCUGAAGCUGAAAAUAAUUAUUUGGGAAUUGCCAAAACACUGGAAAUGUAUGGAGUCGACCUGCACCCUGUGUUUGGUGAAAAGAAAUCUGAAUACUUCCUGGGACUGACGCCUGUUGGAGUUGUUGUUUACAAAAAUAAAACACAAGUCGGGAAAUAUUUCUGGCCAAGAAUUUCUAAAGUAUAUUUCAAGGAAACACAAUUUGAGCUGCGGGUUAUGGGCAGAGAUUGUAAUGAAACUUCAUACUUUUUUGAUGCUCCCAGUAAGAUGGCGUGCAAGAAUCUCUGGAAAUGUUGUGUGGAGCACCAUACCUUCUUCAGAAUGCCGGAAAAUGAGUCCAAUUCAUUGACGAGGAAACUCUCUAAAUGCUCAAAACAUCGCUACAGUGGAAAGACUGUGAUGCAGACUGCACCUCGAGCCGACCUGCAGGUGAUCAGAACCCGCAGUAAGACCUUCCCGAAGAGAAGUACACAGAAUAUCACCAUAGAUAUUUGUGCUUUAGGACGGAAUAAUGGAGGCCAGACGAUCACAAAGACGGAGACUAAGAGUGAAAGCCAGACCAAAACGACAGCACUGUCACCGGUGAAGAGUCCAAAAGCUUCAGAAGACCAACUCAACAAACCCAGUGCACCAUGGGAGGAUGACGCCCCCCAGAGUGGACUGUAUAACUCGCCCAGCGAGAUGAACACAUCUCCCAAAUUCCCCAAAGCUCACAGACGCUCGCCCUCGGGGGGAAGCGAGAACGAGACAUCUCACUCCGCCAGACACAGAAGAGGACACAGCACUGAAGACCAGCAAACAAACAAACAGCACAGGAGACGGUCUCGUUCCCGUGGCAACACCAGCAGCGGCAGCGAAUCUGAGAAUUCCAAUAGGGAACAUCGUAAAAAGAGAAACCGGUCUCGUCAGGAGAACGAGAUGGUGGAUUCUGGUCCUCAGUGGGAAGUCGUUCUCCGCAGACAGAAAGAGAAAACGUCCAACGAUCCGAACCACCGGCGCUCACGACACCGCUCACGAUCACGCAGCCCUGAUGUUCAAGCUAAAGAACAACUUUGGAAGCACAUACAGAAGGAGCUGGUCGAUCCAUCCGGUUUUACGGAGGAGCAACUGAAGGAGAUUCCUUACAAAAAAGUGGAGACGCAAGGUGACCCGAUCAAGAUCCGGCAUUCACAUUCUCCCCGAAGCUUCCGGCAGUAUCGACGCUCCCUCUGUUCGGAUGGAGAGAGAUCUGUUCUCUCCGAGGUCAACUCCCAGACUGAUCUUGUGCCCCCGUUACCCAUCACCCGCACUGCAGACGUGCCCGGUUCCAGCUCGACCCCUACACAGAAGAUAAAGGGGUCCAAAGACAACCUCUCUGAAAGCUCCGAACAUGACACAAAAACCAGCGCCAAGGUGGUCAAGACUGUACACACGUCUCGCGUGAAAACAGACACGUGACCGUUUUUCAAAAGAGAAGUGGGAAGGACGAACAACGGGAUUGCCAGUGGAAUCGAAUGUUCCAGUGGGACCUUUAUGGAAACACUCAUGUGAUCGUCAAACUACUAAAUCAUGCUACUUACAUCAUAUUUCAUGCCAUAAAUCUGAAUUGUUCUGCACUGUGAGGAAAGUGUAGUGCGGCGGUUCUCGACUGGGGGGGUCUGUUGAGAUUCAGUCACAGAUCGCAGACAUUUCUGCGCCACUGAAUGGAAUUGUAAAAAUAAACAAUGUUUUCAAAACAGCUUUCUGAAAACGCCCCUCGUCUGCUGUGGUUCAAAGAGUUAGAUAGCCCCGCCCCCAACUCACGCCAUUGGUCGAGUAAUGUUGUGGGGGGCGAGUCUCUCAAAACAAACAGGAAUUUUUAUAGCGCCACAGAGACACAAUGUUUACAUCUUAAAGAAAAUGAACCGACGAAUUGCUUAUAGUUGCUUCCUGUUCAGCACAUGUCAUGUUUAUGGAAUGUCCUGAAGCAAAAUCAGUUUCCGACAGACAAUCAAAUGAAGGAUGGCGGAUCGUUGGCAUAGCAACACUGUUCGGUCUUACGGUGUUAUGUCGGAUAGUAUCGUAAACACACAAGACUCUUUUUGAACACAUUUGAAUACAGUAUUAACGUUUGUGAGUAUGUGGGAAUGAUGUUAAAAGUGCUUUGUAUUAUUAUUAUUAUUAUUAUUAUUAUUAUUAUUAUUAUUCAUUGUGUCCACAGGUUUUAGAUUAAACUCUGUUGUAAGAAAUAUUGCUGCUGUAUUUCUAUAUUUGUCAUUUCUGUUUAAAAAAAUGUUUAACACCUUAUUGUCAAUAAACACAUUUGGAUACAUUCACCUGGUAUAUUUUAUUUCUUUGUCAUUUUGCACAUUCACAUUGGUCUAAUUUAAAGGGACAGUACACCCCAAAAUGUAAAUUCUCUCAUUAUUUACUCAUCCUCAUGCCAUCCCAUAUGUGUGACUUGCUUUCUUCUGCAGAACACAAAUGAAGAUUUUUAGAAGAAAAUUUCAGCUCUGUUCGUGCAUAACAAUGCAAGUGAAUGGUGACUAUAACCUUUGAAGAACCAAAAAGCACAUAAAGGCAGUGUGUUUAAUCCAUGUCUUCAGAAGCGAUACGAUAGGUGUGGGUGAGAAACAGAUACAUAUUUAGGUAACG